GUCAGCUAUGUCAACGUGCGCCACCAUUAUCUCGAUUGCACUGAGAUAUUUUCUUAAAUAUAUUUUUGCUGUGGUUGAGAAGUAGUCGAGAGUUUAUUGUAAACAGUGCAAAUUAGUUAGUGAGAUUUUGUGCGGUUUAUUCGGCUUCUUUGGCAAAAGCAACAUAGAAAACGGCAGCCAGCCAACCCAUAGCGCCGCUAGUAAAUUCAGCAAAGAAAUCAAAACGUUGUGUUUGUUGUUAUUAUUGUUGCUAAACUAACGUUGACGUCAACGCAAACGUCGUCUUCAUUAUUACCGUCGUCGUGAUUAUCGUGUAAUAGUCCAACCCAACCGACAAACGUAAAGCCAACAUUUGUGACGGUCCCCAACCAAAUAGUCAGCCGGCCUGCCAACACAAUUUUACCACUUUGUUUUUUUUUUCUCUUCUACACAAACAACACCAAAUCAAACAGCAAAACAAUUUUUGCUGAUUGCACUUGCUCCCCUUGGUCACUCCCCAAUUCGCGUCUUGUGUUCUUUGCAAAAACAAAAAAGUUUUGGAACGAAAUCUAAUGCAAUUACUUGGUACAACUUGAACAACCAACCAUCCACCCACUCAUCCAUCUCUCUUGGUGAGAUAAGAGGAACGCAGGGAGCAGCAGCUGAAGAGAAAACAAGAGUUGUUGUUUACAUUGUUUUUUGUUUGGCUCUCGCGAUAAUCAAAAGUGUUUCAAAACGUCACCCCCAACAAAAUUGUUUGCUACAGCGCAACAACACACCGCCGUGUACAAAGUUAUGGAUCGAAGUAUGGAUUCAAUUGGCAGCUGUUCUCUAGAUGUCGAUGCUGAAUCAUCUGAUAUAUCAGAUACAAGUGGCAGUUUAAAUUUUCCCACACCCAUUUCCAUCAAGGACAUAACACGAGAAUUUACCGCCAACAUACGCGAACGUUGUUCGGUACAGACAGUUAAGAACAAUACCACAGCCUAUGUGGAUCCCAUUACGGGUCAAGUGUGCAUUGCCCUGACAAACAAUACGACGACUACCACAACAAAACAACCCACAGCGACAGUGAAUAACAACAUAAACACCGUGCUGGAAACGCACAACAGUAAAACCACAGUGACGACCACGAAUAACCAUCAUCAGCAGCAUCACCAUCAGCAACAGCACAUAUCAUCGCCACAAACCCCCAUUGCCGCCGCAGUCGAUACAUACGAAAAGAAACCGAGCUAUUUAAAUUUGGCCUGUUGUGUUAAUGGAUAUUCGAAUAUAACCACAUACGAUUCGAAGAUAAGACAAGACAUAAAUAAAUCGCGCGAAGUUUCGCCCAUCCGACCCUCGACGACUAGUUUACAGUAUUGCAAGAAGAGUAACUCGCUGGCACCGCCCGUUCUCUUGGCAAUGCCUAAUGUUAAUGUAACAUCACCCCAUCACCACCACCAUCAUCAUCAUCUGCCGCACAUGGCCACAAAUGGUGGUGGUGGCGGCGGAGCCAUUAUGACCACCAUUGGCACCAAAUACACAAUCAUUGAGAACAACAACCACUCACAGAAUGGUGGCCCUGAUAGCAGUCUACACAACCUAAGUGUUGGAGAUGAUAUUGGUGGUGGUGGUGUCGGUGUCAAUGGCGGUAAUACGGUUACCCGCAGUUUCAUACAACAGCGUGUGGAAAGACUCUAUGGGCCAGGUGCUCUAGCUCAGGGCUUUUAUAGUCCCAAAAAGAUUCGAGAAUCGCCUCAACGUCUGAACCGAUCAUUGAACAGUGAAAAUGGUGGUGGCGGUGCCACCUCCGAAUUGGUACGUAAAUUUCAGGAGUUAUCACCCAGUAAAGAUUACAACAAAUUUCGUGAGAAACUAUCAUCGAAUGGUAAGCCUUCCCUACCACCCGCCAAUGCGUCAUCAUCUGCUGCAGAGAAUUUAAAUUCCGAAAACAACAACAUUGAUUUACCAUGUCUGAGACAUUUAUCGCAGGAAUUUAGGGCCCAGCUGCCCAUAGUGUCGCCUAAAAGGAAUUUCUCUAGGACUUCCCCCGGUAGGGAUCUAACAACGACAACUGCCUCUGCCAAUAAUAAAAACGUCAGCCAGAACAGCAAUAAUUCAUCCUCCUCCACCAUCAUAACUACAACCACCACCAUGACAGUAAAUAAAACACAAAACUACAGCACAAGCAAUGGCAUUACAACCAGUAAUUCGGAUAUCACCAACAACACCAAUACCACGACAAACAAUCAUCAAUCACAUCCCGAUCUUGUUUAUAAGUCACAAAAUUUAAAUUCAUCCUCCUCCUCAUCCACCGCUGCAGGUCCAAUGGGUAGCGAUGAAGUUGAUCGUAAAGUGCAAUUAGAUGCAAAUCCAAUCGAAUUGUUAAAAACUCCACCAAAAUCUACACCAUCACCCUUGUCAUCGUCUCUGGCAAAGUCUUCGGAGGAGUUGUUGGUGAUAACUCCCAAUGCCCAUAUUUCGAAUAAUGAGACUGCUGCUGCUGCUGCUGAUAAACCCACAACAAGUAAUGGCUCCGCUGCCAGAGAUGGCCAUUUCUUCCUUAGACAAUUGAAAGCUGAACAGAAUCGUUUAUUGGAGCUGGCAGCUGUGGCUGAGAAGUACAUGGAUGCCCUGGCGAGUAAUCCCGACAUUACCGAAGAUACAAUGGGACUAUUGCGUUCUGCUUCUGGUAAAGCACGCCUAUUAGUAUCCCAAAAAAUGAAACAAUUUGAAGGUUUGUGUCACAACAAUUUGAAUAGCUCUCCAGAAGAUCAAUUCCCAACAACGGUCGAUGAUUUGCAAGGCUUCUGGGACAUGGUGUAUUUACAAGUGGAUCAUAUCGAUUUGAUUUUUAAAGAAAUUGAAAUCUUAAAAGCCAAUGACUGGAAGAAACCAGCAAAUCUCCCCCCAACAACCAGCAGCAGCAAUAAUGUCUUAAAGACACCAAAACCCAAUAAGACUCUCAAAUCGCGUACAAAUACGCCCAUGGCUAACGGUUCAAAUAGUGUGUCGUCGACACCAUCAGCAGCCGCUCUAAAACGUGAGGCUCAACGCAAGAAGCUACAAGAAAUGAAGCGACGUAAUCGUGAAGCUAUGGCUGCUGCAGCGACUGCUUCACCCGCCCCAAGUGGUGAUGCCACCGUGGAGGUUGGUAUCGUCGAUGGCAUUGAAAUUCUCGAAGCAAAUAGCAAUAAUAAACAACAGCCAGAACUACAACAGGACAGCUAAUUUUGCUUGCUAAAUAAUGUAAGAGUGGGCUUUAUUCGCGUAGAAGAGACAUAAAGCCGAGUACUAUGAUUAUAUUGAUUAGUUAAAUACUCUCUAAAUCUAAAUCAAGAAAAAAAUACGAAAUCUUAAAGAGUUUACUAACUUUUCAAAGUCUAAAAAGCAACAACAACAAUUAUACUCUAUCUUGCUAAUUAUAUCUACCACUAUUAAUAACACAACAACCAACCAACAACCUACUACUACUACUACAACUAGUCUAGGAAGGAAAUAAGAAAAUUAUACAACAAAAAAACAAACAACUAAAUUAUUGAAAAAAGAAAAAAGAAAUUGUUUAAUAAAAUAAAAAUUAUGUUUAUUGUGAGUAAAUUUUAAGUAUAGAUGGCUAAAAACGAAGAAGAAGAUGAUAAAUAAUCCCCCACAAAAAAGAAAAAAAAAACGAAUAAAAAAUUAUGCGAAACAAAUUAUUGCAGCAGGUUCAAAACAGAGUCGUGCUUAGAAAGCAAUCCCUUUUCUCCAAUUUCGAAAAACGAAACCUAUUUAUACCCCCUACCCCCUAAGUGUCUAAACUAUCUUUAGUAAUCAUAAUCACAUACCUAUAUCUAUAUAUUCCAUCAUAAAAUUGGCAAUACUUUCAAAUGUAAUUGGAAGAAUUGAGGGGACCUUGAAUCCUUGACUUCUUUCCCCAUUACAUUUGAAAUUAAUCCAAAUCUUUAAUCAAAUCCUUAUUAGAAGCAAAUUAAAUAACAUGUUACGAAUACUUCGAAAAUCAAAAACAAUUGUUACAAUUGUAAUACACAGUCACACUCACACACAUAUAUACAUAUAUUAGAAAAAUAAAAUUUAAAAUGUUGUAUGACAAAUUAGAAAAAAAAAAAACAAAAUACGAACGAUACUAAAAAAAAAACAAAAAACAUACCGCAAUCGAACUUAUAUUGAAAUGCCUUUCCUUUAGAAAACCGAAUAUAGAAAAACAAUUUAUUUAGAAAUGUAUGUAAUUUAUAUGUAAUCGCAACACUGUGCAACAAAUGAAAAAUUAAAACAACUUUUAAAGAGAUCAAUCAAUAACUGGAAAUUGAAAUUAGAAGACUGUAAGGAUUAUGAAGUCUCCAAGUAAUUUGGACAUUUUAGGAUAUAUUAUAAAGGCAAAAUUUUUGAUAUUUCUCUGUUUUAUAGAAAAAAAUCGAAAUUUUUUACAUUAAAAAAAGUAAUUUUUUUUAUGGGUGAUUUUUUUUUUUUGAAAUUAUUAACAAAUUAAAAAUCAAGCAACUUUUAAAGAGACCAAUAUCUGGAAAUUGAAAUUAGUAGACUGUAAGGGUUAUGAACUCUCCAAGUAAUUUGGAAAUUUUAGGAUAUAUUUUAAAUUGUCUGAAAAAAAUUAAAAUAUUCUCUAUGGGAAAAUUUUUAUAAAAAUGAUUAAAAAAUGAAAAAUCAAACAACUUUUAAAGAGACCAGUAACUGGAAAUUGAAAUUAGAAUACCAUAAGGGUGUGCAGUCUCCAGGCAAUUUAGAAAUUUUAGGAUAUAUUGUAAAGGCAAAAUAUAUUGAUUUUUUCCUGGUAAUGUAAAAUUCGAAUCUUCUUUUUUUGGAAGAAAAAAAUUUUCUAAAUAAUAGAAAAUAGCUUCUAUAAAAUUUUCCAUAAAGAAAACUUUAUUAUUUAUUUAUUUUUUUUUUGUUUCAGAACAACUCGAAUUUUUUAAAAUAAAAAAAAUCUGUGGGAAUAUUUUAUAAAAAUUGUUAACAAAUGAAAAAUCUUUUUUUUUUAGAAAAAUUCCAAAUUUUCUAUAACAAAAAAAAAUAAAUAAAUAAAUAAAUUAAGUUUUCUAUAUGAAAAAAAUUUUAUUAAAAUUAUUGUUUAUCAGAGACUAUAUGAGUUAUUAUUUUUUUUUUUUUUUUUGUUUUGAUUAUAUUUUUUUGGGAAUAUUGAGAAUUCUUUAAUAGGAGAUCAAUAAAUGGAAAUUAGAAAAAAAUAGAAGACUGUAAUUUGGAAAUUGUUUUUCCACGCUACUCUAAAAUUCAAAAAAAAAAAAAAAAAAAAAUCGGAAGAAAAAAAAAUAUUCUAAUUUUUCUGAAAUUAAAAAAUUAAAAUUUUUUUCUAUGAGAAAAUUUUAUACAUAUUAAUGUUUAUUAGAAGCUAUAUCAGGUAUUUAAACAAAAUAUUUUUUAUUUUUCCCUGUCAAUCUUUGUUUUUUUUUUUUGAAGAAAAAAAUUUAAGAAUUUUUUAAAAAAUUCAAAUUUUUUCUGAAAUAAAAAAGUUGGAUAAAAUUAAAAUUAAACUAUACCAGUUAUUAAAAAAUAUUUUUUAUUUUCCCUGUUAACCUUUUUUUUUAAUAAAAAAUUAAGAAGUUUAAAAAAAUUCGAAUUUUUCUAAAAAAAAUCUUUUUUUUUGGGAAAUUUUUAUAAUCAGUUAUUACAUUUUGGUUUGCCUUUUUAUUUGAAAAUAGAUUUCCAUAGAUUUUUUUCAAAAUAUUUGUCUUUUUUUAAAAAUCAAAAUUAGUCUCUUAAUAUUAAGUGAUUGCUUGAGUUGAAUUUUUCAAUUCUUCAAUUGUUUUUUAGCUUCCCCAAUGUUCAAAAUUUCAGAGUGACCUUCAUCAAUUUCCUUUUUCUUGAAGAUUUUCCGCGUCCGAAGGUUUAUAUUCAUUUCAGUUUCCAGUCGAAAAAAAUUGCAAAUUUUGGUUGCACAGUGAAGUUCUACAUUUUUUCAAUACUACACUCUUAGUACAAGUAUUACAAAAGUAUUUCUUAGUUUAUUUCCAGUACCUCUCUCUCCCCCUCUUUGACUUUCCACUAAACACAAAAUUUUCUACUAUUUUUAAAUGUCAACUAUUUUCCUUGUUUUUUCCAAAACUAGCUCGAUUCAGUUUUGUACUUGUGUGAUGUUGUUUUUUUUUUCUAACAAAAAAUCCCAUGAAAAAAAAAAUCCGAACAAAAUUUACACAAAACCACAAAAAUUUGUAAGAUUAUUUGUUUAUAUAUUUUGGAAUUAUUUUUUUUUAUAUACAUAACCUAAUUUUUUUGUAAUUUAUGUGUUUGUCUAUUUUUUUGUCAACUACAAUUUAGUUUCUUUUUUCGCGAAACAAAAGACAUUUUUUUUGCUUAACAUUGUUUACACAUACAUACAUACAUCGUAAUAUACAUAUAUUUAGAGAAAAUGUUAUUUUGUUUGAUAUACUACCACCUACCAUAAAAAUAAUAAUAAUAAUAAUUUUUUAUACCAUUAAUAAUUUAAUAAUAUUAAUAUAUAUAUAAAAAAAAAAUAUAACAAAAAACCCUAAACUAUAAUUUAAAAAAGAGUUGUAAUCCUAUUUUUUUUUCUAACUUUUUUUCGAUUUCAAAAAACAUUUUCUAUUUUUUUGAUUUCACUCAUCUAUGAUCUUAAACACAAAUCACCCUCCCGUCCCUAAUAAUCGAAUUUUCUUAUUAACAAAAAUUUCGUUUCUUUUGUUGUUUUCUCAAUUUUGGAAAUCUUACCUCCCUAGAAGCUUUACCAUUAGUGUCUUCUUUUGCAAUUAACCUUGGUGAAAUGGCCUUAAUUUCGUAUCGCUCUAUCCUAGCAUCUUCCUCUACCCCAAAGUAAUAUAUUGUUCUAAUUAUACAAAAAACAAAACCUUGUUGCAUUUAUAGAAUCUGAUUCAAUAAUUGAUUAUUUUUUUUUUCGAUUAAAAUUUUGAAUAUCAUCAAUCAGUUUUUUCUGUCUCUCAAAUUAAAUUAUAUUUGAUUUGCAAACAAACAAACAACAACAAAAGAAUACUAAAUACAAUAUAGCUUUAAGUUAAACAACAAAAAAAUGAAACCAAUUACAAAAACAAACAACAAAA